UCUUCUGCCCUUGAGACCAGACUGUUUUCGCCUCGCACCCCAGCUUUCCGGCCUUGGAGGUGGGAUCCUUCCUCUUCUUUUUCUCAGCUCCCUAAAUCUUGGCUUCGCAAGGGUUGAACCGCGGUGCCGGAAGUGUGCGCUGCGCCGGCGGGUCCCCAGCGAAUCGACGCCGGAAGUAGCAAUUGCUGGAGAAAGUCCGCCGGCUUCGCUAUGGCGGCCAUCCCCCCGGACUCCUGGCAGCCGCCCAACGUAUACUUGGAGACCAGCAUGGGGAUCAUUGUGCUGGAACUGUACUGGAAGCACGCUCCAAAGACCUGUAAGAACUUUGCUGAGCUGUCUCGUCGAGGUUACUACAAUGGCACCAAAUUCCACAGAAUCAUCAAAGACUUCAUGAUCCAGGGAGGUGACCCAACAGGGACAGGUCGCGGUGGUGCAUCUAUCUAUGGCAAGCAGUUUGAAGAUGAACUUCAUCCAGACUUGAAAUUCACGGGGGCUGGAAUUCUAGCAAUGGCCAAUGCAGGGCCAGAUACCAACGGCAGCCAGUUCUUUGUGACCCUCGCUCCCACCCAGUGGCUUGACGGCAAACACACCAUUUUUGGCCGGGUGUGCCAGGGUAUAGGAAUGGUGAACCGAGUAGGAAUGGUGGAAACAAACUCCCAGGACCGCCCUGUGGAUGAUGUGAAGAUCAUCAAGGCCUACCCUUCUGGGUAGUCCUGCUGCUCUCUGGGGCACAGCAGGUCUUCUGAGAUGGCUUCCAGAUGACCUAGAAUGACACAUAACUCUGAACUUCAUUUUUGCCUUGCAAAUCAUGGAGCUAAGGAGGCCUGGGGGCUUGAGUGAGUUAGAGAUGGAAGUGUAUUUUAAUAGGAUGCUUCUUCUCACUUCUCCCUGAGCCUAGGUUGACAGAGCAUUCGCAGAAAUGCCCAUACAUGAUCAUACGCAGGUUCCUCUCACUCAGACGGCCCCUACUGCUCCUUGUGUGUAUCUGCUCUGGUACACUUGGGACAAAAUGAAGCCAACUCCAUCAGUUCUCAGUACCCAACCACACUUCUUUCUGCGAAGAUUUGUAUUCUGGCCUACACUGCAGCGUGUGGUGGCUGACGGCCACAGAAUUCAAAACCGAGUAGCGUCUAUCAGCCUUCUGAACUCUGCACACACCCUGUUUCAGUCUCCUACAUUUGUUCUUCCCGGGAAUGUCUGCGUCUCUCUCUAUUUUCCCUCUCAAAACCAGAACAUCAACACUGCUGUUUCUGACACCAAGACAGCCCACGCAAAGCCACAUUGGGUUUCUGCCAAAUGAAAACUGCAUCCAACAAUCAAGUUUCCAAGAAGGUGUCGAGUGGGGAAUGAUAAUGUGUAAUAAUUAAGAAACGAAUUUAUUAAAAGGAUGCAGAAGCAUUGACCAUUUUUUCCCCAGGAUGGAGUAGGAAACUGGUGAGCACAGGAACAGACUGUGAUUCUCCUUCUCAUAAAGGAGAAGUACCACUUGAGUGUUUUUUAACCCUAAGACUUUAGAGAAAUUAAGAGGUUUUAUAUGUUAAGGUUUUUUUUUUCUUUUUAAUCUUUCUGAU